GGGUUUUUUCUUCUUCCCUCUCUUUGUCAAUUUGAUUAUUUCAAAACUUUCUUCCUUGGAUAUUUUUGAAUUAAUUAUUUUUCUCCGGGCGAGAUUACAGACGAUUGUUUCUUUUUGUUCCCAAAUUCAUUUAGAUUGUAUUCUCUGUUAUGGAACAUUUAGAUUUGAACGAUGUCAAGAAUAUUGAUAAGAAGAGAGGCGGUUCUUGCAUUUUGGCUUCUUCCAAGAAGAAGAUAUCAAGAAAGGCAGUAGCAGCAAUGGUUGAUCUCAAGCAUUUGGAUGUCCCUCUCGUCGCCACAACCAUCCGUCUUGAGCCGGAUCAGCCUUACACCAUCGGUCGCAGCGGUCGCCUCUGUCAAUUGGUCUUUGAUGAUCGUCGCGUCAGUAAGCAACACUGCCAAAUCCUCUUUGACGCUUCCCUCUGUAAACUCUAUCUUCUGGACGGAGCCUUUUCGUUUUCUCCUACUACUAGUAGCAGUGAUAGUUGUUUUCUUGCUAAUCAAUGUGGGAAUAGAUUUGUACCUCUUCCUUCCGUUAAUCCAGAUUCUAGAGUCAGGGCUUCUUUGAAUGGCGUUUUUGUCAAUGGGGUUAGGAUUAGAAAGGGCUUAGCCAUGGAGUUGUCCGCAGGAGAUGAGGUCCUGCUUGUUUGUGCAGAUGAUCAAGGUCUUUGUGGUUCUCGGCUUCCCAUUGGUUUUCUUAUUCGAAGGAUUGUUUUUGAGGAGGAGAUGCUUUUGCAAGGGUGCAAUGAUAUUCCACUACCCAUUGCCUCCCAGGGACACUCCCAGGGAUCCGUAUCAAGUGGCAAGUUCAACAAAAGGAUUUUCGCUUUGAGGGCUAAUAGUUCUGCCCCUUCUAUAUCAAAAUGGGAUCACCUUGUUGGAAGAGCAAACUCUCUUUCAACUUUGUGCAGAAACAUAUUGCAAAGUGAUGAUCCCAUAUCUUACAUUCGACGGUGUCCUUUUUCUGUACAGUCGAGUCCAACUGUGGAGCAUCCCGGUGAAAAAGUUGUGGCUGUAAAGGCAGACAGCAAUCAUCAUACUGAGAAUGUUUCUGUACGAGGAGACCGUUUUUGUCAUAAAGAAUAUUUUGGAAUUCCUUCUGAGAAUGCUAAGAUUUCAUCAUUGAAUUCUGUGGGCAAGGAGAAUCCUCCUCAUUUUGAUGGUGUCAUGUGGCACGAAACUUGUGGCGAUAUUUGCCCACCACCUGGAAAGAGUUUUUACUUGAAUCGCCUUGAAAUUAUGAACCAAAGUUUAUUUAGCCAUCGUGCUGUUGUUUCCUUGCCGGAACUUCUGCAUCCCGUAGAAAGCAUCUCGCAAUUAUUUAUUGCGACGUUUACAAGCGAUAUCUUAUGGUUUGUAUCAUAUUGUAAGAUUCCCUGCCAUAUGCCAGUUACACUUGCUUGUCAUAACACUGAGAGAUGUUGGAGUGCAGGACCUGAUAAAAGAUCCUCUGUGCCAUACCCAGAUUUUCCAAACUUAGUUGUAGUUCCAUUUUGUUUUAAUAGGUAUCCCCCAUUUCCUGAUGCUGUAGCUUUUGGCAAAGACAGAAAGAAACAAGGCAUUGCUUGUCAUCAUCCCAAAUUGCUUGUUUCUCAAAGAGAAAAUAGUAUUCGCGUUAUCAUUACUUCUGCUAAUUUAGUGGCAAAACAGUGGAACAAAGUGACAAAUACCAUUUGGUGGCAAGAUUUCCCUCGCAGAAGUUCACCUAAUUAUGCAUCCCUUUUUACCCAAAUUCAUGACAGGGAUACAAGUAAAGAUGCAAAAUCUGAUUUUGCAGCUCAGCUGGCCAGAUUUAUAGCAUCUCUUUUGACUGAUGUACCCAGUCAGGCCCAUUGGAUUAUUGAGUUGACAAAGUAUGACUUUGGAGAGGCAGACGGAUAUCUAAUUGCUUCAAUACCUGGGAUUCAUUCUUACAGAGCUCUUGCUAUGAUUGAAAGCACACGAUUUUUACCUGCUAAUCAUUGGGCAUCGUGGUCAUUUGGUGUGAAGUUCCUUGGUUCAGUUGAAGCAUCUGUUGUUGGUUUAAGUCACCUUUUUCGAACUGCUGCUGACUCAAAUGGUGCACAGCUUAAGAAAUUGGCUGCAUUUCUUGGUAAAUCUUGUGAUAGAGCAUAUGGGAUGUCAGAGAUUGUUUUAAGAAGAAACAAAAAUGUGCCUGCAGAUGCAAAUGCUGUGAGUGUUCUUGUUCCCAACCUGGACGAGUUCUCUGCGGGAGAUUUUGUCCAACUUGGCUUCCUGCCUAGAAUUGUUGCAAAAUGGGUUUCUCCGCUGUGGGAUAUUGGAUUCUUCAGAUUCUCUGGAUGUGUUUGUCCUAAAGAAGCACUUGCAGCUGCUUUAGGUGGAAAUGGCAUGAAUAUACAAUUGAUAUUAUAUGUGUCACAGGGGCCUCAUUUUCAAGAUAUUUCAAAAAUGAUGCAACCUAAACAUGUUGUUGCAUUAUGCUCUCUAAUUGCUUCAGUUCAAAGUAAUUCAGGCCUAUGGCGACUGCAAGAGGUCUUAGGUCAAUAUAGAUGGCCUGAAUCGUUGGAGUCUGAUUUCAUUUAUGGUUCAUCCUCAAUUGGGUCGGCAGUCAAUCCACAAUUUCUAGCUGCAUUCUCAACAGCUUCAGGAAAGAGAUCAUUGCAAUCCUUCGAGUCUGAAGAGUCUGAUCCAGAGUGGGGCUGCUGGAAUGCUAGCCAAGAAUUAAAAAGUCCAUCCAUUAGGAUCAUUUUCCCCACCAUUGAAAGAGUGAAGAAUGCCUGCAGUGGAAUCUUGCCUUCAAAACGCAUUCUUUGCUUCUCAGAGAGAACAUGGCAAAGGUUGAGGACUGUAGACAUACUUCAUGACGCCAUUCCUCAUCCCUACAAUAGAGUAGGGCAUCCAAUGCAUGUCAAGGUGGCACGGAGACGUUUCCAGUCUAAGAAGGAUGCACCUUCCUUUGGUUGGGUUUAUUGUGGGUCACAUAAUUUCAGUGCAGCUGCCUGGGGACGACCAAUUUCCAAUCCAUUUGGUUGUCAGGAUAAUGGAUUUGAAAAAGGCAAGUCACCGUUGGGUAGGAGGCUUCACAUAUGCAACUACGAACUUGGGAUCAUAUUCAUCUUUCCCCCAACAGAGACAAAGGGUGGCACUGACAAAAAUUGUUCAAACUUGGAUGAUGUUGUUUUGCCUUUUGUUGUGCCUGCUCCAAAAUAUGGGCCUAGAGAUAGGCCUGCAACAGGGCAGGCUAUGAGGGAGGCGUUAGCUGAACUUACUGAGCAAGAGAGAAAGAGAGAUGUAGAAAUAGCUGCAGCAGAAGAGAUGAUGGAAGAGAUCCCAGAUGAAGAAGAGGAAGCAAUUGAGGCAACCAAUUAUUUUGUAGAGAAGGAAGAGGAGAAGGCUUAUGCGGAGAUGUUGUGGAGCCAGGUUGACUCAUCACAGACUUGUUGAACCACCUACCGAGAGGAAAGGUUUGAUUGCUGGGGAGCAGAAAGCUAUAGUAAUCCAGUGGCAGUGCCGUAUGGUUUGUAGUUGGGUGUAUAUAUCCUCUGGAUAUUGGGAUUAUGUUGUUUAUAUAUAUCAUUUCGAUAUUAGUUAUAAAGCAUUGUAUUUUUCCAAAACAAUGAAUCCCCAACACUUCCGUUUAGAUUCCAG